AUGGAUCUCGGCCUCGCCGUCGCCAGCAUGGGCGUGGCCCAUCACCUGGCGCUCCGCGGCGGCGCGCCAUGUCCGAGCGCGCCGCUCGACUCCGUUGACGACCUCACGGGGGACGAUCUCGACGUGUGGUGCGCGCUGGAGAAGCUCGGGAACGCCGCCGCGCUCGCCACCCGUGUGCACGAUGGCGUGGAGCGCGCUUGCGGCCACCUACGCGCUGCCAAGCUCCUAGGGUUCCUAGACAAGGCUAGCGACGGUGGCGGCAAUGGCGACGGCGACGGCAACACCACGCUGUGGGAGCAGAGCCCGUGCUUUUGCACGUCGAUGCUGGUGUUGGGGUACAACGGCACCAUCCCCUCCGUUGGGUCCAACCAGACCAGGUUGGGGGAUUCUAAAUGA